AUGUGCGACUCAUGGGAGAAGUCUCAAGAUGCUUCAGGUAUACGGGAACUAGAGCAGCUACGCGUCUUGGCCAUGUACGAAUUUGAUCCACCACUAUCGAACCAAGAGCUAUGGACAGCAUUGCGUACGUUUGGAAACCGCACAGAAGACGCUUAUCAAUAUCUCAAGACCAGUCGUCGACAUGAAGAUUCCGUUACAAUUCCUACAUCUGCUGUUAUACUGAAUAAAAGUAUAGCAACAUAUGAAAAAGAAGGCGAGAAGAGGCGUUUAAGUGCAUUGUCUGUGGAUAAUAACGGUACACCCAAGAAACGACACAAGGAUACGAACUUUGCAUUGCUAAACUGGGAAAACGAAGAGAAUUGCGACAAAGAGACAAGUCUAGCGACAGAGAAGGAUAAGGAGGUACUACUUACAACUGUUGACUGUACUAAAGCACAACAAUUGUUGCUUGAAACGGUGGAAGAUCAGGUUGCUGCUAGACAAGUACUACGCCAUUCGGAAUGGAUACAUGACUUUUGGAAGGUUCUGCACGUGCUACCAGAGACUGAGGUGGCAAUGCACUUGAAUUUGACGGUAGAUGCAUUGACUAUGUGGUUAAAAGAAGCAGAAACGCAGGAUGUACAUGAUAUUCAGACACGAGGAACGGCAUUGGUGGUUGAGGUGGCUGCGAGUCUACCACGUAAUGUGACAGAUGGUCAGGAGAGUAUUGCGUGUUCACUGAAGGAUCAAGUGCUAUCAGCGAGCGAUGAGGAGAUAGCAGGUGUCGUGCAUGCUAACAAUAAUGCCGCUAAUUUGAGUGCGAUUGCCCGCGCCAAUGCUGCAAAGCAUGCGAUCGAGUGUCUUUCUUCUGCUUGCAAGGCUUACAUGGAUCAGCUAAGCCAAUUUUCACUGUCGAACGAAACGAGCUGUAAGGAAAAGGCUCAUGCUGAAACGGCACUUGAAGCAGUGAACCUAAAGUUAGUUAGGUUAGUGGACGAGAGUACGGGUGAUGUGACAAAAGCUGAACGUGCACUGUCAGAUGCCAAAGAGAGAAAGGAAGCCCGGUCAUUGCAAAUUGUACAAUAUGUGCAGAAGCGACACGAAGAAUUAGUCACUGCGGGUGAGACGAACGCUUCAGCUAGUAUUCAGUCUGUCAUUGAAGUUUGGAAGCAAAACGACGUCGAGGUGCAGGCGCUGUGGAGAUAUCGCAGCGAAAGUGAACGACAGGUGGAGAAGUCUGUGCGUGCAUUGACAGUUGCUCAGCACGCAUUGACGUUUCACAAGAAUCUGUCAAUGCUAUUCGCCAAAGUUCGCGAACGGCGCGAGAAAACCCUUUUGGACACCUUUAAAGACCUGGAAGAGGAACGUGCGAGUUCAAAAGCCCGUGCGGCAACGGCACUUAAUAACCUCAUUCCAAUGCUCACGCAUGCACUGUUCAAUUACUACGAAUUUCACUCUGUCCAGCAGUCCAAGGCGAAGAAAGAGCUAGAAAAACAGGAGAAGGCUCUAGCAGCCCACAAUGAGUACUUUGGUGACUCGGCACCAAUCAAGAAGGGUGACAUUGAGCGUCGUAUUCGUGAAUUUGAAGGAGUGACGCAGAGCUCAAUGCAAAUGAUCAUGGAGAUUGCGGAAGGCCAGCAGCAACUCUGGGAAAACAAGCAUGCAGUACUAUCAGAAUCAGUCCGCCGUGUGCUCAUUUGCGAGUUUAAGGCCUUAUGGUUGCAACUGAAUGGGUCGAUGCGAGAUGUCGUGAAGAAGUUUGUGAUGGCAAUCGAGGGAAGUGCAGGUGGUGUUGUGGCUGUCGAGUCCACAGAAGCCCAAAAAGCUCAACAAGAAGCUGUCAGUCCUGCGUUUGUCACGACAAUUGAUUUGGACGAGCAGAUGUUUCCAGCGUUUACAGUUCCAGCCUUUCCAAACAGCCAUAAUGAAGCGGUAACGCCAUACCGAACGGCAAUCUCAGCUAUUGCUGCUUCAAAUGAGGACUCACAUACUUCCAGCUCGCCGAUAACUCCCAAGGAGUUUGACAGCACGAGCAUUGCCAUGACAGUCAGCUCAACCACCUUAAAGCCGACCAAAAGCAACGAAACGAUGGUAGCUUCUUCACUACCCCAAGAAACAUCAAGUGAGUCGCGUAAAUCGCGCCAUAAGUUUGCUGCCGGUUCUGUCCUGUAUUCAAAGGUCAACCUUGGCGAAAACUGUACGCAAUUUGUCCGUGGUGUUGUCGUGAAACAGUUGGAUAACGACAUGUACCUGAUACAAUACGAUAAUGGUGACAAGUUUUCGGUGAGGAGCUCAUUCCUGUUUACCAAGGAUCUGAUGGAACAGAAUCAAAAAGCUGCGAACGUGACAAUGUCCCAUGAGGAUAUGGAAAUGGAGGAUCUCGAGCACAAAUCGAAGUAUCUCAUGAGUUCUUGUUGUAGUGAAGAGAGCGGCGUAUGGCAAGAAAAGUUGAAGCAGUUACAGAACGAGUUGGUGUUGGCCCAGUACGAGGCACAAAAGUGGAAGGAAAAGUAUUUGGUCGAGAAGAGACGGCGGCAAAAGACAGUGAGGGAUUUUUUGGAUCUUGUGGUGCGCACGGACCGUAAAUCAAAUGAAGUUAUGGACUCGAACGGUGUUGGAGGCGUAGCGAUAUCUCCUUCUUUGUUCAGUCCAGAUCAUACGGCGGAUCUACUGAGUCCGACAUUGUCGUCAUUUGAUUUUGAUGACGACUCAAGUGAAGACGACAGUGAGGACAUUGACGUUCAGACGGCAGAAACUCCUCCUUCGCUUGUGGAAAGAAUAAAUCAGGAAUCUGAAGUGAACGAGGAUGGAGAUAGUGGAAAGCUUGACUCGCCAGACGAUCAACAUGAAUUACCAUUGAGCUCGUCGAUAGACCUGGAGCUACGAAAGCGACACUCGCUGAUGCAUCACUUGAAUGCAAAUGCACCGUAUUCACGACGUAUUAAUCGCUCGUCGACCAUGGACUCGGCUUUGGAGGCUUUUGGAGGGUUGUCACAAUUCAUGGAUGGGAUGAAUAGUGGUGACAACGGGCAAGCGCAGCAACAACAUCUCAUGAACCGCAUGAUGUAUAUCAACGCGUCAUCACGUGAUCUCUGGCAAGCACGAGUUCAUCGAAACAAAGUUCAUAGUGUGGCCCGUUCUAGUAUGCAUCUCAAGCACGAGCACAUCUUUGAACACUUCUUUGUCACGGGAAUGGUUCUAAGUGAUGCAGAGCGACACUAUCAGCCUUCAGAUCUUACUAGAUAUUGGAAGCCCAAGCUACUGUACGACUUUCCUAACAACCGGCUAGACGACCCACCUGAUGACACUGUUCCCGAUUUUUGCUUUCCAAGAGGUGUCCCUCUUCUAAUAUGUACACCUGAUCAAGCGACAUCUAUCCAAGGUGUAGCAGUGUCGAAGUGGUUUACCGAAUUUGAGCCACUUCAGAGUCAUAUUGAGGCCUCAGAGACAAGUGGGUACACCUUCCGUCUUACAGGUGCAAAGGGUGAGGUGUUAUAUGGAUUUUGCAUUGCCAUAAUGAGGGAAGCGACAGCAGCAGGAGAUACCUCAGGUGGAAGUGAUUCGAAGAGCCCUCGCGCUAGCUGGACCCCAAGCUGUCGAGAUGAAAGUUCUGCCUCUCCAUCUAGCAAAGGAAAUCGAAUGGCAAUGACGAAAAAGAUGGCACCGAUGUGCUACUGCUUCACAUCCAAGUUUCCUUUCUAUCGCUUUCACUUUGCGCUGUUACGAAUGAUCGUCGAGAAUGAGUUGGAGCAGCACCGGCUUUUAUCCACAGCAACGGGAAUCAAAACUAGAAAAGACGAGGAGUUUGAGAUAAUCUUGAGACCACGGCUGGAUCUUGCGAUAGAAUUCACUAUUUUCCAUGAAGAAAACCCUCGCAUGAGAGAAUCAUCCAGAGAUUUGGAAAAGGAAGGACGUAGCAAUUUGGCAUCAAUUUCGACAAAGCUGAACAUUUCUUUGAUAGAUCGACGUGUUGUUCUGAGUGAAGAUGCAAGUGUAAGAGUCCACAGAAGUGAAGACAGUCAGUUGGAAACAAGAAAGCAACCUAGCCAACUUCGAAAAAGCCUUAGUACUGAUGACAUUGGCUCGUAUAAUGUUACGAACGAGUGUAUCAUGGAUAAACCGAUGGUCAAGAGCAUUGACUUGGAUCAAUCAAAAGAAUACGAGCGCGUCAAGGUUGGUGAUAUUUUGGAAGCGGUUGACAGCAUUGCAACUGCGUCCAUGAGCUUUGAGCAAACGCUGAAAUUGCUAAAAAGAGGAAAUAGGCCGAUGCGUCUACGCUUCCGUAGAUCGGCUAUGACUGAACAGGCAUCACCGCCAGCUUCGAAACGAUUAACGCAUCGACAGUGCUUAUUAACUACUUCAGUCGAUGUCUUACACCGAGCACGACGGAUGAAGAUAAAUGAUCCGGGGCACUGGUCUACGGCUCGAUUUCCUACGUUCGAUUUCAGUUAUCAGUUUCCCGAACGGCACUCCGAUCGAUGGUCCAUUGGGGUUGUAUUACGCUUGUUGACACCAGACAAAGUGGUCGAGAUUAUGGCCUAUUUGUUGCUUGAGAAACAAGUUGUCAUCAUGAGUGACAGCCCCGCCAAGGUAUCAGCCAUAUGCACGGCACUACUGUUGUUGCUCUCCCCAUUCCAUUGGCAGUCGACAUACAUUCCCCUGUUACCAUCAGGGUUACUUGACUUCUUGCAUUCGCCGGUGCCAUUCCUUGUGGGCUGUCAUCCGCUUCCUGAAACAUCCCAGUGGUCCGACGUUUUCUUUUACGACAUUGACAGGGACUCUAUUGCUGUCCCGGCUGUGAUGAGGCACUUAGGCCCAUCGUCCAUGCCCAAUGGCGUGGAACUUUGUCGUUUGCUUCAGAAAGCUAAAGAGCGCUUUUGCGCGUUGCGCCCAUCAGGCAAGCCAUGGUAUGAGCUGUCCGACGAGCAAGACAUGAUCAUUACGCUCACACUGCAGGAAGCAGGCAUUUUUCUGCGUGAUCUUGGUUUCGACAUUUCUUCGCAAGACCUGGCAGCUUCGAUUUCAGGUGGUCAAAGCUUUUACAACAGCUUACAGGAAGAGGUGGCCAAGGAAGUACGAAACAGCAUUUACCAAGAUUAUCUGGACAAAUUUACACAAACGCAGUUAUUCUGCCAGUAUUACGAAAGCUUACUGCAACCGAAGCCACAAGAGAAAUCUCAAACAUAA